AUGAGCUCCGCAGACGGAGAGAACGACGUCAGCCGUGGCAGCGACGAUGUGCAUGUGGAACAGGUCAACGGAGCGCUGGAGGACGGCGCACCGCUCCCGGGAAGGCCAGACAGCGAAUUGAAGCACAUUCUGGCCGAAGAGAAGGAAAACCUGCUGGCGGACCAGAACGCAGGCAGCAAUGGCACCACCUUCCACGGCGCAUACGCAAAGGCCAAACAACAGCAGGAUGUGGCCCCCGAGAGCCCGCCUGCUUCACUGCCCGAUCGCACGGCUUCAUAUGAACACGCAAGCCCUGACGGCUCGGUUUCGACGCCUGAUGACACCCCGUCCGUGCAAGGAUCUGGCCUCACCUCCCCCGCCAGCAGUACCCCCGUUUCAUUUGCAUCUUUUGCCCGCCCCCAGCGGCCCGCCUCUCUUCAACCUUUUGAGCGCCGGUUCUCCUCUAGGAUUUCGCCCUCGCCGUUAGGCUCGCCCAGGGCUGAUUCGCCCGGUUUCCUGUCGCCUCGAUCUAGACAGUCCUCUGUCUCCAGCCCCGCGUUCUUGAAUCAAGAUGACACCGACACCCCGCAGCCUCCUUGGGAAGUAGUGAGGUGGACGAAGCUGAAGAAAAUAACGGGUCAAGCUUUUUCGGAGAUAGGAAAACGCAACUUCGGGAAGCCAACAUGCCUUGCUGUCGCGGCAUCAAUCGCCGUCGGGACCUCCAAGGGUUUGAUUUUGGUUUUUGACUAUCACCAAACCCUCAAAUCGAUUGUUGGUCCUGGCACGAAAGCGGUUGAAUCCGGCAGCAUAACUUCCCUGGCUUUCUCAGCUGACCACACCACAAUUGCCGGCGGCCAUGCUUCGGGGAAUAUCUUCACAUGGGAACUGGCUAGACCAGCGAAACCAUUUUUGCACAUAACACCUCUCGACAAGCGACAACUGGAAAACCGGCAAGCGGACGGACAUGUCCCGGACACGGCGGUUCUGCAUCUUGGAUUCCUCGGCACACGCCAUACGGCUCUAGUUUCCGCUGAUGAAGGCGGCAUGGCAUUCUCCCAUCUGGCAACCAGGGGUCUUGGUGCAGUCGGUAGGACGGUCAAGACAGCCCGCAUCCUUGGAAGGUACCCCCCUCUGGCUCAUGAAAUGGACCAACCACGAAAACCGAGCUCUGUUCUGGCGUUCUCGCCUCUUCCCCUUGGCAACGUCGAGCAGCCGACAGAUGGCUUGGGUUUAACAGCACUCCUGACUCCAUAUCUCCUGGUAGUUGUGUCUACAACGCCGAUCGCAGAGACGCAGCAUAAGGCGACAAGGCCGAAAGAAAUUGCUCCGCACAGCGCUUUGAGUGGCUGUCUCGCUUGGUUCCCCGCAGUAAAACUGAAAGGAACGGGUGGUGAACAGCCGCAGGCCGUGUCUAAGACGAAGCUAGUAUAUUGCUGGUCAAACAUCCUGACUGUGCUGGACGUUGACGCACACGAUACGCCGGAGAAAGACAAACCACCGAAUCUCCAUUUCCGAACGCGCAGCAGAUGGCGGACUGAAGAAGCCAUAGUAGCGGUGCAGUGGCUCAGUAGAUCAGUUCUGGGGGUGCUAACGAUAAGUCAGCGGCUGAUCAUCUUGGAGGACAACAGCCUCAGAAUGACAGACUCAUUUGACUUGCUACAGAAGCACAUCUAUCACCGGGACCUGUUCUCACGCCAACUGCAUCCUGUCGUCGAGCAGCACGACGAAAUGGACGAGUCGAUGCACGGCGUGGUGGCCGACGCUUUCUACAUGGCAUUCCGAGCUUACAAGGGACGACUGUUUCUCCUCGGUUUCAACGACGUCUCCAUCGGCACGCUGUCCAACUGGGCCGACCGACUCUUGGCGCUCAUGGAAGAGGGUGACUACAUCGCCUCGAUCGAGCUCGCUACUUCAUACUACAACGGAGACGCCGACAAACUGACAGUGGGGCUACCCAGUGAUGAUGUGGCCAGGCAUGCUCUUGUGCAGGAAAAGCUUGUAGAGAUGAUCUCUGCCUCGUUGAAGUUCACAUUUUCCCGUAACAAGGACCAGCAAGACAAGGAGGCAUCGCAUCCGCGGCUGCUAGCACUUGCAUCUGUCAGCUUUUCCGCUUGCUUGAGCAUGCAAGAGCUGGAAUUUUUGUUCGAAGAUGUAUACGAAGCUUUCCAAAACGCCUCAUCGGAGAGUGCGUUCUUCGACGUCCUAGAGCCCUACAUUGUCGACGAGGAGAUUCCAUCGCUACCACCACACGUUCUCAAGGAUCUCAUCACGUACUACGCUUCUCAAGGCCGAGCAGAGCGGCUUGAAGAAAUGAUCUGCAGAUUGGAAACCUCCACGAUUGAUAUUAAUCAGGUGACAAUACUCUGCAAGCAGUACAGUCUCUACGAUGCCCUAGUCUACGUGUGGACCCAGGCCGUACGCGAUUACAUCACCCCUCUUAUUGAUCUCUUUUCAAUAGUCAAGAAGUUGUUGGCGAAUGCCGAUGCAGACGGGACUGCAGGAGAGCAAGACAUGGACUCUGCGAUGAAACUUUUUCCAUACCUUUCUUUUACGUUGACAGGUAGGAUUUACCCGAACGGCCUACCGAUGGUAGAACAAGACGCAGAUGAGGCGAAAGCGGCAUUAUACUCGUACAUCUUUUCUGGAAAACUUGUCGAAUGGCCAAGAGGAAGCGGCGAGAUCUUUUGUCCACCGACAGACGAUCAAUCCACCGAUUCGUUUCCUUAUCUGCGAAUGAUCUUGAAAUUUGAUGCAGCAAGCUUCAUGAGCAUGCUGAACGAGGCUUUUGAGGAUAGUUACCUGAACGGAGACCACGCAUCUACUCCAAAUGGUAUGACGAACGGGACGUCAAGGGAACGAUCCCCUGCGUGGAGACCGACGCGUCAAUACAUCCUUAAUAUCCUGCUUGGCGUCAUGUCGGAUGGACAAUUCGAACCGGAGGAUACGAUCUACUUCAACAUGUUUGUUGCGCGAAACCUUCCGAAAUUUCCCCAGUACAUCAUUCUCCCUGGAAGCGCGCUGCACAAACUUGUCGAAGGCCUGUGCGAGUACCCGUCGGACGAAGUUGCAGAUGAUUGUCAACUGAGCGUCGAGUAUCUUCUUUCGGUCUACCAUCCCCCCGACAUCGAAUCGUUGGUGCCGCUCUUCGAGCGCGCUGGCUUCCACCGCGUGCUAAAGUUCGUCUUCAGCGGCGCAAAGCAAUACCCGCGUCUGCUCGAGGCCUACUUCAACGACACUGAAGACAAAGCUGCCAUCUUCGAUUGCAUCAGAGACAUACUUCGACCCAACAAAGGCCUAAACAAAAAGCAGGUGGCCGAAGUUCACGCUGUCAUUUCAGCACACGCAUUUGAACUCGCCAGCAUCGACGCUGCACAGACGGCAAGAACUCUUAGAGUCAAUGCGCCAUCGCUAUUGAGGGAUGCUUCGGACGCACUGGACGCGGAUUCAUACGUGCAGUUUCUCUUCCUUCGAGCACUGCUGGAAGCAAAUGGUCAGGUCAAGGCCGCCCAGCCGGACCUACCGCUGGAAGUCAUGACGAAUUUCACGGAGCGCUACGUGCAAUUGAUGUGCAAGUUCGAUCCAGGGCAUGUCGCCGACUACGUUGGAGUCCUUCGUUCGGGCAACCUCCGUUUAGAUCAUGUUCUGCCGGCCAUGGAGGAGAGCGGAGUGAUCGACGCGGCAGUCGUGCUGAUGGCUCAAGGCGGUCUUGUUCGGCACGCAAUGGAUAGACUGGUCAAGCACGUGGGAACGCUCGAGACCGCCCUGGUCAGCUUGCUCGACGCCGCGGCCGAGAGCCCCGACACAGCGAACACGGAGGAAACGGCGGCCGACCUUCUAGAAGCCGUACAAAAGUACACCAAGAUUGGCAUCUGGCUGUGCCAAGGCCAAACCAAAGCCAAGCAGACGACGGGAAAGCCACAAGCGGAGCGGAGGGAGAGCGGCGACGGCGAAUCGGAGCAGCAUCUCGAGUCGGAUGAACUGCUCUGGCUCGAUCUCAUCGACGUCACGGUCACUAUGACGCGCGCCGUGUCGCUCGCCGCGUCGCAGCUGGCGGCUAAAUCCCACGACGGCGCGCCCCCGAUCGACACGACGAAGAUCACGACCAGCCUGCGGGCCGACGUGCAGCAAACCUUUUCCGCGCUGUUGGCGUCGAUGGCCGCGGGACCGGCAACCAAGGCGGCGGCACAGCAGCAGCAGCAGCAGCAGCAAGGAGUAGCCACGGCAGGAAGCAGCAACGACGCCAGCGCCCGUCCUGCACCGCCAUCCCGCAGCGCCACAGCCGCGCAUCAGCCCUCUGCUUCGUUCCUGCGGAUCCUGCGUGCCUUCUUGGCACGCGCGGCGCGUUCCUCGCCCUCGCUGUCCGACCUGCGCGCCGUGCUCGCCGACAUUUUCGCAGCUUACGCGUUCGAGGAAGCACUGCUAGGCCUUGCGACACGGUUCCUAGAGGCGGACGUGUUCGCGCGCGUCGACGAAGUGCAACAGCUGCGUGAGCGCGGCUGGCGGCCCAAGGGCCAGGCGUGCGCGGGCUGCAGUGGGCGGGUGUGGGGGCCAGGCGCAGGCGGCGGCGUGUGGGAGGCUUGGGAGCGGCGACAGGAGCGCGAGCGCCGCGCCGUUGGGCGCAAGCGCAGCCUGCGCGGGGAUGGGGACGAGGCGAGUAAACUACGGAAGGGGAAGGGACGGGACACGGCCAAGGAGGUCGACAGCCCAGAUUCCCCGGAUGGCGCGCAUGCACAGGCGCAGCUGCUGCAGCUGGAUCAGCUGGUUGUGUUUGCGUGCCGGCAUCUUUGGCAUCGGGGGUGCGUGGAACGGGCGCAGCCCGAGCCGGGUCGUGGUGGUGAGGAGGCGGUGGCGGCGGGUGCGCCGGAGCGCGAGUUCACGUGUCCGUUGUGUGGGUAG